GUUGCUGGAGCGGUUUCAUUCUUCCACUGACCUCUGCUCUGCCAUACUCGUAUUCUGUUUACCGAGUUAAAGGCUGACUUGAUUUCUAUAAAUUCCUAAAUGGCGUGGAGUUGGACUCAGAUCUUUUCACACCCACUGUGGGCCAUUUCCACGUUCGUUUUGGGUUUCGUCGUUCGAGUUCAGCGGAAAGGCUCGUGGAAUCCGCGCCACUGUCCGGUACAACUGAAAGGCAAGACAGCCAUUGUUACCGGAGCUAAUACAGGAAUAGGCAAGUUCAUCGCGCUGGACUUUGCUCGGCGGGGCGCGCGCGUUAUCCUCGCGUGCCGCAAUGAGGCGCGUGGGACGGCGGCCCUGCGGGACAUUCGAGAGCUCAGCGGCAAUCCGGACGUGCACCUGCGCUUGGUGGACACCUCAUCCCUCGCCUCUGUCCGCAAGUUUGCGGCUUCCAUUCUGCAAGAGGAACAUAAGCUACACAUCCUUGUGAACAACGCCGGGGCUUCAGGUCUUCCAAGGGGGAUCACACCAGAUGGGCUCGAGGUGUCCUUUGCCACUAACCUAGUGGGACCCUUUCUACUCACCCACUUGCUGCUAGACCUAAUGAAGCGCUCAGCACCAGCUCGGGUCGUGAACAUGUCCUCGGCAAACCACAGGAAGGGCAAGUUUGAUCUCUCUCAUUUCAAAGGGGAAAACCUCAUCUACCAUUUGGACACAGUCUACAACCACACCAAGCUGCACAACAUCCUAUGGACCAAUGAGUUGGCAAGCAGACUCCAUGGCACAGGUGUAACAGCAAACUCUCUGCACCCUGGUGUGGUGAUGACAGAGGUGAUGAGAAACUACAGCUUGCUGGUUAGACUGAUCUUCAGCAUAGUGGGAAUCUUCUUUUUCAAGUCUUCAGAGGAGGGUGCUGCCAGCACCAUCUACUGUGCAGUGGCAGAGGAAACGGAAGGCAUUUCUGGGAAAUACUUUGACAGCGAUUGCUCCCUUGUUUUGCCCUCUCCCCUGGCCAGAGACCCCGUUCUGGCUGCAAAGACCUUCGAGUAUUGUGAAAGACUUGUAGCUGUCCAGCUGUGAUGAACGUUUAGAAAAAGAGUGACAUAGGCAAAGAGGUGGCAGAUUUUUACAUUUACAUUACAUGUACAUCUAUUCAUUUAGCAAAUGCAUUUCUCUAAAGCGAUGUACAUCUCUCAUAAUUCUGACAUAAGAAACACAUUGAUGUACUUGUUAAACAAGGAAAACAUGUUUUCUUUAACUACAGAAGUUGUGACAGAUAAUCUAAAAAUUUGAAUGUUAGGACAAAAUAUCAAUCUUGAUAGAACAUAACUGACUACUCAUUUCAGUGUAAGACUAAAGAAGAUGGUUAGGGAAGGGUGUGGGUUAGUGAUCAUGUUAAAAAGCUUAUAUUGAAAAAAAAAUAUAUAUAUACACCUCAUUAGCUUGGUAUUAAAUAUGUCAAUAAACAUCUGUCAGACAGUUGAUCAAAA